AUGCCUCUAACCCCAGUACACUUCUUCUCGCACGGCUCCACCGCCAUGUUAGGCGAGGAGUCCGACUCGGCCGACUACUGGCAGAGAUGCGGCCAAGCGGCGUUGGAUAAUGGGAUCGAGCAUGUGGUGAUCAUGGGCGCCCACUGGGUCACAACCGGGGACAGCAUCCAAAUCGCCACGAACCCCACCCCCGCCAAGAACCCCAUCGGCGGCGUGCACCCCUCCAAAUACGUGCCCUACCACCUCAACCCGGACCUGCCCAUGUGCAACCGCGUCCAGCAGCUCCUCCAAUCCGCCGGCUUCAACGCCACCCCCAACCCCACGGUCGACUGGAUCCACGACAUUUAUCUCAUUCUCAUCCGCACAUUCCCCAAGCAAUGCCCGCCCACCACCGUCCUCAGCCUCAACGCCCGCUUCGACCCGCACUACCACCUCCGCGUCGGCGCCGCCCUGCGCCCGCUCCGCCAUGAAAAGGUCCUGUUCAUCGGCUCCGGGGGCACGGUACAUAACCUCUACCGCAACACGUGGGGGCCGCUGCUGCGGUAUGCGGAUAACUUCGCGAUGGAGGCGCCGCCGGGGGACUGGGCGCUGGCGUUUCGGCAGGAGAUGGAGGAUGCGGUCACCAAAGCCGCCAGGAAAGGGUCCGGGGUGGGGCUGCGGAAGGCGGUGACGGGGUUGUUGAAGGUCCCCAGGUAUCGGGAGGCGCAUGCGACGGAUGAUCAUAUUAUGAGUUUGAUGUUCGUGGCGGGGCUGGUGGGCGAUGUGGAGGAUACAGGUGAUGCUGGGAGUGAAGGGGUGGAGAUCGGGGCCGAGGAUUGGGAGUUGACGAAUAUGUGCAAUACCCAGUUUACCUUUGGGAGGUGGUAA